AUGGUUGCCCUUGAGCAAUAUGACUACAUCUUUGCAAUCACAACUGUUUUCGCUGCCCUUGAUGCGUGGAAUAUCGGAGCCAAUGAUGUUGCGAACGCCUUCGCUACAUCCGUUGCGUCGCGGUCCUUGACGCUAAAGCAGGCAGUUGCAAUCGCAAGCAUAAUGGAAUUUGGAGGCUCGGUGGCCGCGGGCGCUCGUGUCACAGAUACAAUUCGGACGAGAAUAAUUGAUCCGCAACUGUACCACCAUGACCCCGGUGUGCUGCUCCUAGCAAUGAUGUGCGCAAUUAUCAGUUCCGCCUGCUUCCUCCAUGUCGCAACACAGAACGGUUUUCCCGUCAGCACUACACAUUCCAUUAUUGGUGGAUUGGUAGGCUCUGGGGUAGCAUCUGUGGGGAUGUCGAAUAUCAGUUGGGGAUGGGGUGGGGUAUCUCAGGUUUUCGCUGCGUGGAUUAUUGCCCCGGGAAUUGCUGGAAUCCUAGGUGUCAUUUUGUUCUUGAUUACGAGGUUUCUUGUGCUCAUGAAGCGAGAUGCAGUUCGGCGUGCCUUCUUCUCGAUCCCUGUCUACGUCUUCAUUACUUUUGGAGCUUUGUCAAUGCUUGUGGUGUGGAAAGGUAUCGACACAGUAGUUGAACCUACUGAUACACAAAUCCUAAUAUCCGUUUUCACCGUCGCUGGAGGUGCAACGAUCCUUUGUUCUACCUUCAUUCUUCCGUUUCUAUGGAGGCGAAUUGUGUAUAACGAUUGGCAACUCAGAUGGUUCCACGUCUGGAAAGGGCCAUAUUUGCUCCGUCUGCCUCCACCCCCACCUGCACCGGCCGACGUUAGGGUGCACAAUAUUACAGACUACUACCGGGGGCACAUGAAUUUAGAAGAAUUGCGAAUACUUCGGAUAUCAGAAGCCAUGAUGCAUUCCGUCCAGGCUUCCAGCACCGUAGCAGAACUCAUGGGUAAAGACACAGAAUCCCAAUCGUCACCUCAUUCCCACAUUCCACUCCAGGACGAACCUGAAAAACUACGACCACAUCGGCCCCUUGGGUCCUGGAAUAGUCUACCCGUGUUAUGGUGGAAAUUACGCCAUUUUUUUCUACAUGGAGUAGAGCAAGAUGUCGUCACGAUGCAGAAGCGCAACACAUUGUUGACUUGGAAUAUUGCAGAUAUGCAUGCUCGUGCUUCGAGAUACGAUAACAAGGCGGAGUAUAUGUAUAGCGCUUUACAGAUUAUGACUGCUGGUGCUUCAUCAUUUAUUCAUGGUUCGAAUGAUGUUGCGAAUGCCAUGGGGCCAUUUACUUCUGCUUAUUACAUCUGGAAGACUGGCACAGUUCAGACGCAGCAAUCGGUGCCAAUUUGGGUCUUAUGCUUUGGUGGAGCGGCUAUUGUGCUGGGUCUAUUGUUCCAUGGAUAUUAUGUGAUGCAGAAUCUAGGAAAUAAGCUUACCUUGAUAUCGCCCUCGCGUGGCUUUUGCAUGGAGCUAGGAAGUGCCAUCACAAUAUUGAUGGCAACCCGACUGGCUUUGCCAGUCUCUACCCCGGCGCGACAGUGGGUGUCGGACUCGCAAAUGGAGAUUGGAGAUCUGUAA